AUGGAUCUCGGUUGGGUCGUCAACAAUUUUGGUAGUGCUCCCGAAGAUUUUGGUGGUGGUGACGCUAGGUGGGUGCCGACGGUUUUGGUGGUUUUUGGUUUUGGGGGAGAGAAGAGAGAGAGGUGUGUUCUUCUCGGAUUCACAAUCCCUAGCGAUAAAAUUCAAGAUAAAGGCAAUGGGCGUUUGGCUAUUGAUCACUACCAUCAGUGGAAGGAAGAUGUGGCUUUGAUAAAGAAAGUGGGUUUGGAUUCUUAUCGAUUUUCAAUUGCAUGGACGAGAAUAUUGCCAGGGGGACGAUUAAGUGCUGGAGUAAACAGAGAAGGAAUUAACUACUAUAAUAAUCUCAUAAACUUACUCCUGGCUGAAGACAUUACACCUUGUGCAACUAUUUUUCACUGGGAUGUUCCCCAAUGUUUGGAAGACGAGUAUGGUGGCUUCUUAAGCCCUCAAAUUGUGGAGGAUUUUUCUGAUUUUGCUGAGGUUUGCUUCUGGGAAUUCGGUGAUCGUGUUAAACUUUGGAUCACAUUGAAUGAGCCAUGGAGCUUUUCUGUAUCCGGAUAUGCGUUAGGUAUUUUUGCACCUGGCCGAGGUCCAACACAAGAUGACCCUGUAACAAAUGUUGUCCGUCAUAGAUGCAACAUUCAGAAUCCAGUUAUUUGCAGCGAAGGAAAUCCAGGCACAGAACCGUAUAUUGUUGGACAUCAUUUGCUCCUUUCUCAUGCAGCAGCAGUUGAUAUAUACAGGAAAAACUUUCAGAAACUUCAAGGAGGCAAGAUCGGAAUCACAAAUGUCACAGAAUGGUAUGAGCCACUCAAUAACACAACAGCUGAUAAAGAGGCUGCUUCAAGGGCAGUUGAUUUUGCGUUGGGAUGGUUUGUAGCGCCCGUGGUUACUGGCGAUUACCCACCAGUUAUGAGACAAUCAGUAGGAGAUCGCCUUCCCAAAUUUACACCAGAACAGGUUACUCUGGUGAAGGGAUCCUAUGACUUUUUAGGAAUAAACUAUUACACUACUCAUUAUGCAACCAAUGCACCCAAGACACCUGGUGCAAAACCAAGUUACCUUACCGAUCAGGAAGCUCAAACAUCAACUGAACGUAAUGGGACGCCAAUUGGUGAAAAAGCUGGUUCGAGUUGGUUGUACAUUUAUCCAGAAGGAAUUUACAAGCUCUUGGUUCAUUUGAAAGAAAGAUACAAUAAUCCCAUCAUUUACAUCACCGAGAAUGGAGUGAACGAAUUGAACGAUAAACCAACAGUUUCAGAAGCUCGAUUUGAUGAUUUGAGGGUUAAAACUCACCACGACCACCUUGUCCAAAUUAAAAGAGCGUUGGACUAUGGUGUUCGUGUGAAGGCUUAUUAUUUAUGGUCAAUGUUCGACAAUUUUGAAUGGGCUGAUGGGUACACUGUUAGAUUUGGCAUUAUGCAUGUAGAUUUUGAGAAUAAUCAACUGAAAAGCUUAGAGCCUGGAGAAGACGCUGGACACAGAGGGCCAGAGGCGUUGAGGCGGUGUGGAGCACUAGAGACAUAG